GGAAUUUAAAAAAAAAUGGCAACUGCAUUUCUCUCAACUGCUAGCUCCUUCUACCCAUCUUCUCUUUCCCCUUCAACAUCUUCUUCCUGUUCUUCUUCAUCAUCAUCAACAUUAGGGCCUGCAUUUGUUUAUCUCAACAAUCAAAAUGUCCAAAGAAGAAGAACCCUUUGCAAAGCAUUCAAUGAAUCUCUACUACACGCUCCAGUUUUAAAUAAAAGAGGCUUUUCCCUUUGUUUCAUCACCAGCUUGGUGUUGGCUGCUGGAAAUGGCUGCUCCAAUGCCAUUGCAGCAAUUCUAGAGGCCGAUGAUGAUGAAGAGCUUUUGGAGAAAGUCAAGAAGGAUAGACAGAAGAGGCUUGAAAGACAAGGAGUAAUCAGUUCAUCAAGCAAAGAGAAAGGAUAUUUGCAGGAUCUUGUCUACAAGUUGAGCCAAAUUGGACAAGCCAUUGACAACAAUGAUCUAUCUGCAGCUAGUUCAGUUCUUGGGGGAAGCACUGAUACAGAGUGGGUCAAGAAUGCCAAUGUAGCCUUCAACAAGCUGAGCUCUAGUCCUGAAGAGACAACGCAGGUCGAGACAUUCAAUUCUUCGUUAGCUUCAUUGAUAUCAUCAGCUACAAAAAAUGAUGUUGAAACAUCUAAAGUAGCAUUUGUGGAAUCUGCAACUGCAUUUGAGAAAUGGAUGACCUUGACAGGGCUUACUGGACAACUUAGAGGACUUUGAAGAAAAGUAUGCUACUUUCAUAAGAGUUGCUAUGACUUUGCUCAAUUUAUAUGAGCUUCGGUUGUUAGUAAGAUUUAUCAAUCUCAACAAGCAUACGAAUUUCUCACUUUUCUGUAAGAAUGAGUAUUUAUCCUUCCAAUUGAUUGCAACA